UUUACCCUGUGCCAUCUGGGACAGAUAUUGCAAACACAUUGAAGUACUUUUCCCAAACCCUGCUGAGCAUCCUGUCCCGUACAGGCAGAAAGGAGAGCCAGGAGGCUUCCAAUUUGGCCGUGCCCAUGACCAUGUGUCUUUUUCCUGUGCCAUUCCCACUCACCCCAUCUCUAAGACCACAAGUCAGUUCCAUCAACCCUACAGUUACUCGCUCCCUCCUUUACAGCGUUCUGCGGGACGCCCCGGCCGAGCGUGGUGGGUGCCCCCCCCAGCAGAGCCGGGACGCUCAGCUCUCAGAGUACCCCUCUCUGGACUAUCAGGGACUCUAUGCCACCCUUGUCACCUUGCUUGACCUGGUGCCCCUCCUGCAGCAUGGUCAGCAUGAUCUAGGACAGGCCAUAUUUUACACCACAACUUGCCUCCUACCUUUUCUCAGUGAUGAUAUUCUCAGCACUUUACCGUAUACUAUGAUCUCGACCUUAGCUACAUUUCCGCCAUUCCUGCACAAAGACAUCAUUGAGUAUUUGAGUACCUCCUUCCUCCCUAUGGCAAUAUUAGGUUCCACCCGAAGAGAAGGUGGUGUGCCAGCCUUUGUGAAUCUCUCUGCCUCCUCUAUGCUUAUGAUAGCUAUGCAAUACACCUCUAACCCAGUGUACCAUUGUCAGCUGCUGGAAUGUCUUAUGAAGCACAAGCAAGAAGUGUGGAAGGACCUCCUCUAUGUCAUCUCCUAUGGACCAUCUCAAGUGAAGCCCCCCGCUGUCCAGAUGCUCUUUCAUUACUGGCCCAACUUAAAGCCCCCAGGUGCCAUCAGUGAAUACAGAGGACUACAAUACACUGCCUGGAAUCCUAUACACUGCCAGCACAUUGAGUGUCACAAUGCCAUCAACAAACCUGCCGUUAAGAUGUGCAUUGAUCCAACUCUCUCUGUGGCCCUUGGUGACAAGCCCCCUCCUUUGUAUAUAUGCGAAGAGUGCAGUCAAAGGAUUGCAGGAGACCAUUCAGAGUGGCUUGUUGAUGUGUUGCUACCACAAGCUGAGAUAUCGGCUAUAUGUCAAAAAAAGAACUGUAGUUCUCAUGUGCGACGAGCAGUUGUCACCUGCUUCUCAGCCAGCUGCUGUGGACACCAUGGCAACAGGCCUGUGCGCUAUUGCAAGCGUUGCCACGUCAACCACCACAGUGAGGUGGGGGCCUCGACUGAAACUCAUCUGUACCAGACGUCCCCUCCCCCCAUAAACACACGAGAGUGUGGCGCUGAAGAGUUGGUGUGCACUGUGGAGGCAGUUAUAAGCUUGCUGAAGGAGGCUGAAAUCCAUGCAGAGCAAAGAGAAUUUGAGAUGAACCGCCGCAGGCAGUUGGGGCUAUCAGCCUCCCAUCACUCACUUGACAACACUGACUUUGACAAUAAGGAGGAUGACCAACAUGAUCAGAGACUACUCAGCCAGUUUGGCAUCUGGUUUCUGGUGAGUUUGUGCACACCCAGUGAGAACACUCCCACAGAAAGUCUGGCACGGCUGGUCAGCAUGGUGUUUCAGUGGUUUCACUCCACAGCUUAUAUGAUGGAUGAUGAAGUGGGCAGUCUGGUGGAGAAGCUUAAGCCACAGUUUGUCACUAAGUGGUUGAAGACUGUGUGUGAUGUGCGCUUUGAUGUGAUGGUCAUGUGCCUGCUUCCCAAACCUGUGGAAUUUGCCAGGGUAGGUGGCUACUGGGACAAGGCAUGCAGUACAGUGACCCAGCUGAAGGAAGGACUAAACCGCAUCCUGUGUCUGAUUCCCUAUAAUGUCAUCAGCCAGCCGCUGUGGGAGUGCUUCAUGCCGGAAUGGUUGGAGGCCAUUCGUACUGAGGUCCCUGACCACCAGCUAAAGGAAUUCCGUGAGGUGCUCAGUAAGAUGUUUGACACCGAGUUGUGCCCCCUGCCAUUCUCCAUGGAGGAAAUGUUUGGCUUCAUUAGUUGCAGAUUCUCUGGUUAUCCAGCAUCUGUACAAGAACAGGCUUUACUAUGGCUACAUGUUCUAUCUGAGCUGGACAUCGUGGUGCCCCUACAGUUAUUGACAGGCAUGUUCUCUGAUGGUGUGAACUCUUUGAAGGAGCUAACCAAUCAAAGGAAAGCACAUGCAAAUGAUCUUUCAGAAAACAAGGUUCGGCGGGUGAGUGUAGUGUCAGACCCAGGGCACAGGGGGCAGCAAAGCGCAUUUAGUCCAUUCCCAAGUCCCUUUAGAAGCCCUCUUCAUUGUAGCCCCUUCCGGAAUCUGGGUCAUGCCUCUGGCAACUGUGCUUUGGACCUGGACAGUGAGGAUGAUGACAUGAAUUUAGGCUGCUUCAUCCUUAUGUUUGACCUCAUCCUCAAACAGAUGGAGCUCCAGGACGAUGGCGUGAUGUUAGGCCUGGAGAGCAGUCUGGGCAGGGACAUUGUGGGCAUCAUCAACAACAUCUUACAGGCACCUUGGGGAGGCUCCCACACCUGCCAAAAGGAUGAGAAGGACCUAGAGUGCAGCCUGUGCCAGUCAAGCAUUCUCUGCUACCAGCUGGGCGGUGAACUAUUAAAGAGACUCACUCCAAACGAGGAGAUUCACCUGGUGGAGGUUACCCACAACUUGGAGGAUAGUUUAAUUUUCCCCCGCCCAGAUUGCCCCCUAAGAAUGGAGAACUGCCCAGAGGAGGGUGCCAACACAAGCAAUGAGAACCCUGGCAACCAAAGCAAUUCACCUAACGAUUCUUCUUGGAAGAAAAAUGUUGGCAAGGAGUUUUCAUACGUGGAGCUUCCUGCGUCCCUUAAACUCAUCUAUACCAUAUUGCAGGAUAUGGCCAAGUUUGAGGAACCUGAUAUCCUCUACAAUAUGUUGAACUGUUUGCGGAUCUUGUGUCUGCAUGGGGAGUGCUUGUACAUGGCCAAGAAAGAUCAUCCACAAUAUCUGACUUAUGUCCAAGAGAAGAUGCUGAUUCCCAGCCUGUGGAACAUGCUGAAGUCUGAGUUCUGCCAAUUAGCCUCCCUAGCUGUGCCCCAACUGCUUCAUGCUCUUUCACUCUCUCAUGGAGCAGACAUCUUCUGGAGUCUGGUGGAUGCUAACUUUAAUAAUAAGGACUGGAAGAUCCGCUUUGAGGCAGUGGAGAGAGUUGCAGUAUUGUGCCGUUUCUUGGACAUGGGUGCGGUGACCAAGAGCCACCUGCUGAAGUAUUCUUUGGCUCACGCCUUCUGCUGCUUUCUUGCUAGUGUUGAGGAUGUGAACCCUGCUGUUGCCACAAGAGCCCAUCUACUCCUUGACACUAUCAAAUGCCCCGCUCUGCAGGGUCUGUGUCUAUGCCUGGACUUCCAGUUUGACACAGUGAUACGGGACCGUCCCAUCAUACUCAGCAAACUACUGUUAUUGCAUUCUCUGAAGAAGGAUAUUCCUGCUCUGAGCUGGGAAUUUUUUGUGAACCGUUUUGAAACUCUCUCCCUGGAAGCACAGCUACAUCUGGACUGCAACAAAGAGUUUCCCUUUCCUACAACCAUCACAUCUGUCCGCACAAAUUUGGCCAAUUUAAGUGAUGCGGCUAUGUGGAAGAUAAGACGGGCACGUUUUGCUCGUAACCAGCAGAAGAGUGUGCGGUCACUUCGUGACAGCAUCAAAGGAGGGGAGUCCAAAAGAGCCUUCUCUCUCCCAGAAACCCUGUGCAACAGAUUGUCUUUAAGGCUUACCAGGCAAGAACAUUCAGCACCCUCACUGGGAGAUAUGCUAGAUAAAGACCACCUCCCAAGCCAGAGUGGCACCCUAGAGGAUGACGCCAUCAUCAGAGACCUGCUUCCAGAGGAUGCAGGGAUAGACCACCAAACAGUUCACCAUCUAAUCAUGGUGCUGAUGAAGUUCAUGGCUAAAGACCAGAGUAGCGCAGAGGCAGAUAUAAGCAGUGCCAAGGCAUUCAAUACGGUCAAGCGCCACUUAUAUGUGCUGCUGGGCUAUGACCAGCAGGAGGGCUGCUUUAUGAUUGCUCCUCAAAAGAUGCGCACGUCCACUUGCUUUAAUGCCUUCAUUGCUGGCAUUGCACAGGUGAUGGACUACAAUAUUAGUUUAGGAAAACAGCUGCUUCCCCUAGUGGUGCAGGUGCUAAAGUACUGCACAUGCCCACAACUUAGGCAUUGCUUCCAGCAACCACCCCGCUGUUCCCUCUGGCCUUUGAAGCCCCAUAUCCGACAGAUGUGGCUAAAAGCUCUGCUUGUAAUUCUCUACAAGUAUCCUUACAGAGAGAUGGAUGUGAGUAAAGUGGUCCUUUGUCUGAUCCACAUCACUAUCAAUACCCUCAAUGCUCAAUAUCACAGCUGCAGACCGCAUGCUACUGCAGGACCACUGUACAGCGAUAAUUCCAACAUCAGCCGCUACAGUGAGAAAGAGAAAGAGGAGGAUAGUGUAUUUGAAGAGUCAGAUGUCCAUGACACUCCAACAGGAGCUUGCAACAAGGAAUCCCAGACCUUCUUUGCUCGCUUGAAGAGGAUAGGAGGCAAUAAGUCAGUCAAGUACCAACCAGUGGAGCUUAGUGCUCAAAAGAGUGAAAUGGAGCUGUCAGAGUAUCGUGAAGACACUAUUCUUCACUGUGUUCGAGAGGAGAGCAGCAGAAAGAAACGACUGCAGGCCAUGCAUAAACAACAGUCUCUGGACAUUGCCAAUACUGACUCCAUCCUCUUCAAUCUUGAUGAGCACCGUCGUAAAUCCUGUAUUGACCGCUGUGAUCUACAAAAGGGACCACACCCCCCUGCACCACCCCACUCUUCACUCUCCUCCUCCUCCACAGCUAUGGGCCAAUGUCAUCCGAGCCAGCGGUAUCAGAGAAAAGGCUCCUCCAGCAGUUUCUGGACAGGCAAAGAGGAAGCAGAAACCAAGCCCCAAUCCCUUGAUGCCUGCCAUGGAUCUCCCCAUUCUGAUUUGCAGCCCAUCAUUCCAGAGUUGAGACUGAGCUGCACAGAGACACUGGAAGACAAACAGGAGAUGUCACAGACACUGCAUAGGCAGAGUGCUGGACAGCAACAGGUUGGAAUAUCCUGUCAGUUAGAGAAUUCUCCUCUGACUGUCCCUAGAGUGGUCUCACCGAGUAAAGAAGAUCCUGACCUCAUUGAUCUCUCUUCAGACUGUACUUCCAUAGCAGAAAAUAAUUCUGUUCUUUCAGUGUCUGACAGUGAUUCACUAGUGUUUGAGCCACUGCCCCCACUAUGCAUUGUUGAGAGUGAUGAGGAGUUUGAGAUAGCAAAGCCCAGAGGAGUCAGUCCUAGUGUCUCUCUUACAGCCAGUAACUCUGAGGCUUCACAUCUCUCCACUGCUGUCUGGCUCAAUGUGGAGGACUGCUCUCGAGCUAGAGCAGGAAGUAGCAGCCAGAGCUCCAGCAGCCCAGUUACAUGCCCUCUUUUGGCUACAAGUCUGAAGAACUCUCCGUUGGCUAGCCCCAUGGGUUCCAUAGACCUCUCAGAUUUCCCUCAGAGCAUGCUGGCAGUACAAGAGGGUCUUAUGACUUUAAAACAAAAACGAGAUCUGUUCAGGAAGGCUCCCCAUGUGCCUGACACCUCUUUGGAUGACUCCCAACAGGAGCACGACAAGAGUCUGACCGCCAGCCCAUCUGGGAGGAAUAUCUUCCUAAGCAUUCCAGUGAACACAUUAGAAUCCUCAGACCCACUCAGUGAGGACAAUGAGUUUGAGAACAAUGAUGAUUACAAUGGAGAUGAAGGGGAAAGUGAUCUGAGGCUAGAGGAUGGCAAUGAUGAGGCAGAGUUCAAAAUCCAGAUAGUUCCUCGGCAACGGAAGCAGAGAAAGAUUGCUGUCAGUGCCAUCCAGAGGGAGUAUCUGGACAUCUCUUUCAACACACUGGACAAGUUGGGAGAACAGUCUUCUGAUUCAGAUCCCAAAGUCCUUUCUACACUGGAUAGGCCCCUGGGAUCAGCCUCAGCCCCUACACUGGACACAGCAAACCCUGAAACAAGCAAUCGCUCUUCUGUUUCAACUCAGUACAGGCAAGUGAAACGUGGCUCACUAGGUGCCCUUACGAUGAGUCAGCUGAUGAAGAAGCAGCUAGAGCAUCAAUCCAGUGCUCCACAUAACAUCAGCAACUGGGAGACGGGUUUUCCAGGUCAGACUAAGACUAGCCUUCUGUCAGCUCCCAGCUCAGUCAGCAUGUUUGUACCUGCCCCUGAGGAGUUCACAGAUGACCAGCCUACCACCAUGACUGACAGGUGUCGGGACUGUGGUGCUAUAUUGGAAGAGUAUGACGAGGAGACUCUGGGCUUAGCUGUGGUGGUUCUGUCUAUGUUCAUCCAUCUCAGCCCUGACCUGGCAGCUCCCCUUCUACUGGAUAUCCUACAGUCUGUUGGCAGGUUGGCGUCCAGUGCAAAUUAUUCUGGGCAGGCAGAGAGCAUGCUAAUUCCAGGUAAUGCUGCUGGAGUUGCCAAACAGUUCUUGCGGUGUGUGUUGCACCAGCUUGCUCCCAAUGGCAUUCUGCCACAGCUGUUCCAGAGCAAUAUUAAAGAUGGAAGUUUCCUACGAACUGUAGCCACUUCCCUAAUUGACUUCAAUGAACUUAGUUCUGUCGCUGCUCUAAAUCAGCUUUUAGAGGGUCUCAAUAACAAGAAGACCCUCCCAGCAGGCAGUGCCAUGCUUUAUUGUUUGGAAAAUAUAGCGGCGUAUAUGGAGGCACUGCCGAUGGAUGUUCCCAGCAACCUCUGGACUUCCAUCUGCAGCCAUUUCCAGGCAUUCUUGACCAAACUGCCUGUAGUACUCCCUGUCAAGUGUCCACUAGAUUCAGCCAUCAGAGUCAUGAUUUGCUUGCUGAAGAUUCCAGCUACCAGUGUUACCAGGAGUCUCCUGGAACCAUUUUCUAAGCUGCUUAGUUUUGUCAUCCAGUAUAGUGUAUUUAGCCUCUCCUACUUGGUGGAGCUCUGUGGACUUUGCUACAAAACGUUCAACAAGGAGAGAGACAAGUCCUAUAUGUCCCGCAUUGUUGUGCUAGAGUUGCUUCAAGCAUUAAAGUUCAAGUCACCCCUCCCUGAUACCAAUCUGCUGUUGCUUGUCCAGUUUGUUUGCACAGACCUUGGCACCCGUCUUGCAGAGUCCACUAUCUUGCAGAAACACAUGAUUGCCUCCCUCCCUAUGUGUACAACUGCUGCUAUGGAGUGCAUGAGACAGUACAUCAGUGAAAUUCUGGACUUCAUAUCAGACAUGCACACAUUGACCAAAUUGAAAAGUCAUAUGAAGGCUUGUUGUCAGCCUCUUCAUGAAGAUACUUUUGGAGGGAACUUGAAGGUUGGUUUGGCCCAAGUAGCAGCCAUGGAAAUAAGCAAAGGCAAUCAUCGUGACAACAAGGCUGUGGUCCGACAUUUACCAUGGCUGUACCAUCCACCAUCAGCCUUGCAGCAGGGGCCAAAGGAGUUCAUUGAAUGUGUGUCACAUAUUCGCCAGCUCUCCUGGCUACUCCUGGGAUCCCUCACCCACUGUGCCUUGCACCAGGGCUCCACUUCCUGCAUGCCAAUCCCACUGGAUGCUGGAUCACAAAUCGCUGACCACCUCAUUGUUAUUCUGAUCGGCUUCCCAGAACAAUCCAAAACCUCAGUGCUGCAUAUGUGUUCCCUGUUCCAUGCCUUCAUGUUUGCACAGUUGUGGACUGUGUACUGUGAGCAGGCUGCUGCCACUUCUACACUUCAGAACCAGAACCUGACAGAAUAUUCCUCUAGUGCCAUUCUCACGGGUUUGGAGUUCUGGAGCAGAGUCACACCCAGCAUUCUGCAGCUCAUGGCCCACAACAAAGUGAUGGUGGAGAUGGUGUGUCUGCAUGUGAUCAGCUUGAUGGAAGCUCUUCAAGAGUGCAACUCUACCAUAUUCGUCAAACUUAUCCCCAUGUGGCUGCCAAUGAUCCAGUCAAACCUUAAGCAUUUAUCCGCAGGUCUCCACCUGCGUCUACAAGCAAUCCAGAAUCGGGUUAGCUACCAGUGUAUGCAGGGCUUGGGGUCUGGAUCGCAGCCCCAAGCUCUUCGCAAGUGGCUCCAAUGCACUCAAUUCAAAAUGGCCCAGGUAGAGAUCCAGUCAUCUGAGGCUGCCUCCCAGUUCUACCCUAUGUGACCGAUCCACUGUUGGUAUUUGUGAGAGACCAAGUAUAUGCAAUGAAAUAAGCAUUUCAUCGGAGGACCAAGACCAUUUAUAUACAGGAUUAGUAUGGUCAAGGCAGAACCUGGAAAAUUAUUCCAGACCUGGAAAUGGACUAAUAGAUGACUGCAAGAGUUUUGAUCAAUACUGAUUAUCUGGUUUAAAAGUGUGUUUUGUUAAUUGCAAAUAUUUUAUAGGUAAGCUAAUUGCUAAUUAGCUAUGGAGUCCUUUGUUGUAGUAUAGCUUAACGACAGCAAAAACUCAAUAUAACGGUGUAGCCUUCAGGGCUUGUGUAUUACCUGUUUGCUUUCAUCUUUAAAAUUACUGUCCCCUAUGGCCACUAUAGGUAACUGUAUAAGCAAGCUAGCUUGAUUACCAGCUUUCACUUCCAUCAUUUUUGUCAUUUUCAAAGGUGUGUCUGUGUACUGUUGACAAAUGCUGAGAAGCCUGCAACUUGUUUUUGGACAUUUGAGAAUGCAUAUUGUGUCGAGGUUCUAGAAGCUAGGAAACUAGGUAAGAGAUUAUGAUUGUCUUGACGCAUUACUGCACACAUGUGCAAAUGCAUCAGAAGUUGGUUUUUCCCUUAUAUUAACUUAAUAUUAACAUGGACUAAUUAAAUUAGAUAUUGUGCCCCCACUUUGAUGUUCAAAUGAAAUCUGGAGUAAUAUGGUAACGUUAGAGGGUUUUUUUUUUUUUUAAUGCAGCAAAACUGCCAAUGUGGUAGGCUACCUAACUGCACUAGCAUGAAAUGACUUAUUGCCUGAGUUAGUUAAUAUUUCU